UUAUUUAUAGAUCAUAACAUACAAAAGCAUAUUUUCUUAAAUACUCUACGGAAGAAAUAACAUAGAAAUUAAGAAAAUAAUUUUCAUUAAGGUUUGAAAUAAAUAUCACAACAAUAAUGGCUUUACCAGAAAAAUUACAAGCAAAUUAUACAAAAUUUCAAGCUAAGAAUGACUUACCUGUUUUUCUAAAGGGUGGCCCAUUAGAUAGAGGAUUAUUUGGAUUAACUGUAGCUUUAUGUGGUGUUGGAAUCGUAGGAAUUGUUCAUAUGGUUUAUACAAUGGGUUUCAAGAAGAAGAGCGGUUAGAAGAAUAAAACAAAAUUGUUAUAUAAUAAAUCUGUACAUAAAAAAUUGGAUAAGUAAACGUAAAUGAAAUAGAAAAUUAUUCGAAAGUUGAAGUAUUAUUAAUAAAAAAAAUUGUACUUGUUCAAAUAGUGCAGAAAAUAAAAAACCAAUGUGUAUCUAAUGUUAUGUAUACAUACAUAAUUUUGUACAUAUGGGUAAUUUAUAUGGGUAA